AUGGCUUCCAAAAAGCACGCUAGAAGAAAAAAUAUUCAAUACAGUGACCCGGGAAAAAUAUUAGAGUUAGUAAUGAAUUUGAAUGACGACAAUUGCGCGCAGUUGCAAAUUAAAAUCAACUUGUAUUUGAAAGAGGAAUGCGAGGCAGAGACUGCAUUCUUAAUCGUCGUGCAUGAUGAAGAGGCCUCCAUUGAAAGCAUCGGUAUUACAGCUUUGCCAAGAAGACACAGGAUUUGCCUAACACCAAAACUCUACGAGGUUUUGAAAUCGACCAGUGAACAGACUGAUUUGAUAAUGAACUUCGGAUCAGAUUUCCAAGAUAUUGUAUCGCCAUUCGUUUCAAAGGAUGUCAAAAAACGUGUACUGAUGUUGUCUAUUGUGGAUAAACCGCUAUCGGUUAUCGUGUGUGUGGUGGCGCCAAAAGUUCUAGAAGAGAACGCCGCUCAUCUUAUAUACGAAUGUUUUUUGUUCGCUUGGCCAGUGUUAAAGAAAACAAUACAACUGGAAUAUGAAUGCACGCUGAAGCAGAAAUGUCAACAAUUAUUGCGCGUUGCCCGGAGACUGUUCACCCAGGUAGCGUCCCUGGAAACCUUGCUACAAAUAGCGAUGGAACAAGCCAAGCUCUUGACGAAAGCGGAAUAUUGUUCUGUCAUGCUGGUUGAUUUAGACCGUAUGGAACUUGUGAAGAGCAGUCGCCAAACACUAACUGAUGAUCCGGUGCCAGAGAAUCGGUUCUCCAUGCACAUUGGCAUAGCGGGUCAAGUGAUUAGGACUGGCAAUCUGAUCAACUGUAAAAAUGCCAAAGAGCAUCCCGCUUACAACCCCGUCAUCGAUUCGUCACCUGGCGUUGAUUGCAAGGCCAUCUUAUGUUUCCCAAUUCGUGAGCAGACCGGUAUCAUAGGCGUGGGGCAGUUGAUUAAUAAGGUUGGCGACCCAUACUUCGAUGCCAUGGAUGAGGAGAUGGCUCUAGCCUUCAGCAUAUACUGUGGCGUUUGCAUUAUGCAUUCAGUUAUUUACCAGAAGAUACAGGAAGCGCAUAUCAGAAAUGCUUUGGCAAAUGAAUUGGUCAUGUAUCAUAUGAAGGUCGGCGACUCGGAGGUAUCCCGCGUUUUGGAAUGCACCGCUUCCCACAACCACCCUCAUUUCACCAGUUUGCACUUCAACAUACGAGCGUUGCCGCUUAGGGAGCUGCCGUGCUACGUGCUAAAGAUGUUCUCGGAUUUGGGAUUCGAUAAGAAAUUCAAUAUAAAGCCUAACAAGCUAGCGCGGUUCAUUUUGCACGUGAAGAAGGGAUACCGUGACGUGCCUUACCACAGUUGGUUGCACGCUUUCAACGUAGCUCAAUGGACUUAUGCCGCUAUCACAAAUUAUAAACUAGUUUCACAGGGAUAUUACACAGAUCUGCAAGCUUUGAUGUAUCUAAUAGCGGGUCUAGUUCACGACAUGGAUCAUCGCGGUACGACCAAUAGCUUUCAAAUACAAGGACAGACAACUCUAGCAGCUCUUUAUUCGAGCGAGGGAAGCGUGAUGGAGCGACACCACCUAGCGCAGGCGAUGUGCGUUCUCAACACGGAAGGUUGCGACAUCCUGGAGGCUCUCCCACGGAGAGACUACGACAGAGCCCUUAUGUUACUGCGGGACUAUAUCCUUGCUACCGAUCUUGCUAAUUAUUUCAAGAAUCUGAAUGAAUACAAAGUGAUCUCGUACGACUUCCAAAAGGGAAACCGUGUGCACAUCAGCGCCUUGCACAGCCUACUGAUGAAUGCCGCCGACCUCAGUGACCAACUCAAGGAUUGGGGCAAUGUCAAAAAGACUGCUGUAGCAGUUCUCACGGAGUUCUUCAAGCAAGGCGACGUGGAGAAAAGUCGUGGGGACUUGCCCGUCAAUAUAAUGGACCGUGAGAAAUGCUUUAUACCCGCCUUGGAGGUGCAAUUCCUUAACAUGACUUGCGUGCCUCUCUUCGAUAUUCUGGGUCGCAUGCUAUCCAAAGCCCAGCAAUGCUUGAAAAUUAUAGAAAACCAUAUAGAGAGAUGGGAAGCUGCUAAGCCUAUUUUCUCAGAGGUACCGAUAGCAGCAGGUUUAUCUGUGUUACUUAGUCCAGAAUUAGAUAACUUGAUAGAACAACAAUUGAAGGAAAAGCAACGUCUGGAGGCUGACGAAGAAGACUAAUAUAAUUAUAUAUGCAAUUGA